GCUUUGUUUUACUCUGUCCCUCUUCACGACUACCAGCUGGUACCCUGUACUCAACACAAGCAAAUUAUGGCUUCUCAGUGCUUCAAAGACGAUUCGGAAGCUUUGGAAAGCCGCAUUCAAUACGAGCCACUGAGGUCCGACGGAAGUAGCAAGGACUCUGUGGUUUAUCUCGAUGGUUCUCUGGAGCAAUCCUCUUGCGGUGACUGCGCUAACAGCUCUGAAUUUCUACUGGCGUCAUCUUCUCAGAUUAUACUUCAGCAAUCAUCUGAUGGCGCAAGACGCGUCCCGCACACGAGUGAAGAUUUUAUUCCGCCAUCACGAUCUCCUUUAGAACUCGCAGCGGAAGUGGAACAUUUGAAACGACAGCUGGACGCCGCUCACGCCAGAGAGGAUCGUCUCACACGAGAAAAAACAGAUCUCAUUACUACCCAUCAACGAGAGAUGGAUGGCCUCAAACUCAAAUUUUCUGAAAUUAAAGUCAAACAAGACAUCGAUAUAUCUCUUCUAGAUCUCGAAAAGACUUUCCUCACUAGGAAGGUUCAUAAAGCAGAGGCCAAGUUGGCACAAUCGAAGGGAGAUGUGGAUAAUCUCAAACAGCUCACUCAGGCUCUCCGAAAAACCAUUGACAAGCACAGGUCGGACUCUGCAGCCGAAAUCCGACAUCUCAAGGAACGGAUGGACAACGAUAAGAAGAAUAUCUUAGCUGAACAUCAGAAGACCAAGGCGGCAUUGCAAACGUUCCAGUCAAUGACGUCGUUGCUAGAAAGGCACGUUCAAGCAACUUAUGCAGUAAACCAAGGUUUGGAGGCCGACAUAAUGCGAUUUAAACGAGAAAGUGAAGAGGCGAAGGCGAAACUAGAGGAAUACGAAACUACCGUGGAGACUCUUAGAAUGCACUUUGGAGAGAUGGAGGCUAGCAUGCUUGCUGCAAAGGUUGAAUCCGGUCGGAUGAGGGCCGAGAUCGAAGGGUAUUGCGAGGGGACCACCGAGCUAGAGGCUGUUAACGCCAGGCUGGCCUCGGAUCUCGAAUCUACCGAGAAGAGAAUACUUCUCGUGACAAUGAACAACGAGUUGCUUCUCCAAACGGUCUCAGAUCUUCGUAGCCCAAACCCACAUUUUGAGGCGCUACAGGCCGAGUCCGUACGUCUCGCACAAGAGAACUUGCAACUGCAGGAAAGACUGCUAGAGUAUGAGGAGCAGGAGGUUGAAGGCGCAGUGUUUGAUUACGAGGAGGACCAGUCAUUUGACCAGCCUCCAUUGGUACUGCAGGAGCGGACCUUCAUUGCUGGCGAGGCGCUCGAACAUGCAAUUCCUUCCCUCAGUGCGUCAGAGAAUGACGAGGACUCCGAUUUCGACUGCUGCCAAGUUCAUGAGUAUCAGAAAGCUCGACUAAGAUCGCGUUAUACAAAGGAUGGUUCCGCGGAGGCAACUGCUGAGCGCGAAUAGGGGCAGUACUAAGACACAGGCGUCAGUCUCACGUGACCGUCGCGGGGCGGCUACAUGGAAUUAGGGCAAAAAGGGUAAGGUUAUUUACCAAAUGGUUUUUACAG